AUGGAGUUUCUUGACGUGUCUCGAGUUUGGUACAUGUUCUUUACCGUGUCUGUCGUAGUUCUUAGUUUAGUGUUUUUUAAGCUCUUUCUGCGUUGCUGGAUAUUACCGGUUCAAGCUCAAAAGAAGCUUAGAGAAAAUGGAUUUGUCGGUCCACCUCCUAGUUUUGCCUUAGGAAACAUUAUUGACAUGAAGAAGCUAAAGGCAGCCUCGGUAAUGGUGGAGAAGAUCAGCAAAACUUCCACUAGGAUCAGCCAUGACAUACACUCCAUCGCACUUCCAUACUUCGCUCGGUGGCAACAACAAUACGGUAAACUUUAUUCGGGACAUUCGCAUCAUCUUGUCUCAUAUCUAAUAUCAAAAUUUCCGAUCGUACGUAUUUGUAACAAAAUAAUAAAUUAUUUCAACCCAAACCGCAACCUAGGGGUACCAUUCAGCAACAUUUUGAGUUUCAAGCAAACCUUUAGAGCCAAGGAGUUAGGCCGAGAGAUCGACGGUCUCCUUUUGUCGAUCAUAAACGAACGGAAGAGAUCAUUGGUCGAAGGCGACGACCGCCACGAUCUUCUCGGAAUGUUGCUUAAGACCGAUAAAGGGAAGUUUACGCCUGCGGAGCUCGUGGACGAAUGCAAAACGUUCUUCUUCGCUGGCCACGAGACGAGUGCUUUAGCGCUGACGUGGACGUUCAUGCUACUUGCGGUCCAUCCCGAGUGGCAGGACACGCUCAGAGAAGAGAUCAGACAAGUCAUCAGAGAUUCCGAGAUUGAUUAUAACAAACUUGCCGGACUAAAGAAGAUGAGAUGGGUGAUGAACGAGGUUCUCCGGCUAUAUCCAUCGGCGCCGAAUGCACAACGGCAAGCCCGGGGAGACAUUAAAGUGAACGACCGAGUGAUUCCAAACGGUACGAACAUUUGGAUCGAUGUGGUGGCGAUGCACCACGACGUUGAGUUGUGGGAACACGACGGCCACGAGUUUAGGCCGGAGAGAUUCGACGGCGAUUUGAACGGUGGCUGUAAGAGUAAGAUGGGCUUUAUGCCGUUUGGUUUCGGAGGGAGAAUAUGCAUUGGUCGGAGCUUGAGCACCAUGCAGUUAAAGAUCGUCUUGUCGUUGGUUUUAUCCCGGUUCGAGGUCUCGGUUUCGCCCGGUUACGGUUUGCAACUAAUUGUUAGACCACUUUAG